AAAAGUAGCCCGGACGUCACGAGUGGGCAAUCUGGUGCGUUGAUGCUAAAAAGGCAACCCAAUUCUCAGCGACGCAACGAUGAUUUGAAAAAAAACGCACACCACAAAGCCUCUAUAUUAGCUUAUAAAUAAUACUCUAGAUGUUGUUUGUAGCAUCCUGAUCCCUCCUGCCGUUCACUUACCUGAACUGAGGCUAACUGCUGCCGCCCUGACGGCCAAAGCUAAGUAGAUCCUGUGCGCAUGUGCAGACUGACUGCGGAAAUAGAGCCGAGCUGCCGCUGGACAGGAGAGAAUACAGUGAGUGAGAAGGCAAGCUUUUAGUUGCGGUACUUUUUCUUUGUUUUUGUUUUUUUAAACGCAUGACGUUGAAAUGUUUGCGUCACGUGUCACAACAGCAGCCUGGCGCGCGCUUGGCAGGGAGCCCGUGUGGAGAAUGACUAUCCUCAACGGCUCUGCCGUCGUUCCCGCGAGAGGCUGCUCUUGGGCGGAGAGCAAAAGGAACCUGCCAAGAUGGGAUCUGACACCUGGGGAGAUCACGGCCGCCACUGAGCGCUUGAUGGGCAGGGUGAAGAAAGUCUACGAUGAAGUCGGGUCUCUCAACGUGGAGGACGUCUGCAUUGAAAACACCCUUAGAGUUCUGGCCAACGUCAAGCUGGACUAUGCAUCGUCUCGCCACGCCCUCGACUUCCCGCAGUACGUCUGCCCUUCCAAGGAGGUCCGGUCGGCAAGCACGGAGGCGGACAAGAAACUUUCCGAGUUGGACGUGGAGCUGAGCAUGAGGGAAGACAUCUUCCAGAGAAUCACCGCCUUGCAGGUAAUGCACGCGAAGAAGCUUCCGGAAAACGUCUCCGCAGAAGAGAAGAGGUUACUCGAACGACUUGUGAUGUUGGGCCGGAGGAAUGGACUGCACUUGUCUUCAGAUACACGAGAGCAAAUAAAAAGGACAUCCAAGCUGAUCAGCGAGCUGUCCAUCGAGUUCAAUAAGAACCUGAACGAGGACAACACCUUCCUGGUUUUCUCCGAGCAGCAGUUGGACGGACUAGCUGGCAGCUUCCUCGGAGGCCUGGAGAAGACCCUGGACGGAUGCUACAAGGUGACGCUGGAGUACCCGCACUACUACCCCGUGAUGAAGAGGUGUUGCAAUCCCGAGACGCGCAAGAAAAUGGAGACAGCUUUUCACAGCAGGUGCAAAGAGGCCAACACCCCCAUCCUGGAGCGCUUGAUCCAGUUGAGGUCAAAGGUGGCGAGCCUGCUGGGUUACAGCAGCCACGCGGACUACGUGCUGGAGAUCAACAUGGCCAAAAACGCCAGCAACGUGGCCGCCUUUCUAAACGCCUUCCACGAGACGCUGAAGCCCGUCGGCGUCCGAGAGAGGAAGUACAUCCUGGCGCUGAAGAAGAGGGAGUGCCUGGCGAGGGGCGGCCAUUUUGACGGGCAGAUCAACGCCUGGGACCUGCCUUACUACAUGAACCAAGUGGAGCAGCGCAAGUUUUCCAUGGACAAGGACAAGCUCAUCGAGUACUUCCCGCUCCACGCCGUCACGGAGGGGCUCUUUGGGAUCUACCAGGACCUGCUGGGGCUCCGGUUCAGCGAAGUCCAGGAAGCCCACGUGUGGCAUCACGAUGUAAAGAUGUAUGCCGCCCAUGAUGCAGACACAGGAGAGGAGGUGGGCCUCUUCUACCUGGACCUUCACCCCAGGGAGGGAAAGUACGGCCACGCUGCGUGUUUCAGCCUCCGGCCCGGCUGCACAGACCCCAAUGGAACACGCCGCCUCCCGGUGGCGGCCAUGGUGGCCAACUUUACCAAACCCGGUAAAGGCUUGCCCUCCCUGCUCCAGCACCACGAGGUGGAGACGUACUUCCACGAGUUUGGUCAUGUCAUGCACGAGCUCUGCUCCAAGACCACCUUUGCAGAGUUCAGUGGAACUCUGGUGGAGACCGACUUUGUGGAAGUCCCCUCCCAGAUGCUGGAGAACUGGGUGUGGGAGAAGGAGCCCCUGAGGAGAAUGUCCCGCCACUACAAGGACGGCACGGCCAUCCCAGACAAGCUUCUCGACAAACUCAUCGCCUCCAGAGUGGCCAACACGGGUCUGAUGAACCUGCGUCAGGUGGUCCUCAGCAAAGUGGACCAGUCACUACACAGCAGCUCUCGUGCGGACACGGCCGCUGUGUUUGCUCAACACUGCCAGGACAUCCUGGGCGUCCCCGCCUCAGCAGGCACCAACAUGACGGCCACCUUCGGCCACCUUGCGGGAGGAUACGACGGCCAGUACUACAGCUACCUGUGGAGCGAGGUCUACUCCAUGGACAUCUACUUCAGUCGCUUUAAAAAGGAAGGAAUUCUCAACCCAAAGGUUGGCAAAGAGUACCGGAGAGUCAUCCUGGAGGCGGGAGGCUCCGUGGAUGGGAUGGACAUGCUGGAAAGCUUUCUUGGUCGCCCUCCGUGUCAGGAAGCAUUCUUUCAGUGCAAAGGACUGAGCAGGACGCAGGACACACUCUGAACUCUGAACUCUCACAGAGUUGACAACCUUAGACUUUUUAAGCCAAAAAAAUGCCACAAGGUGGCACAAGUGCAUUUUAUAAGACCUCGGCCUGCAUCUUUGUCUUGUGGAAGAGCUCUGCAGCAACCAGGAAGUGAAAGGCCUUGGAGCCGUGUUGGAGGAGGUUUCGCAUUGAAGGGAAAUGUUAACGCAUCCCUCGCAUGUGCACACACACACACACACAGUUCAGUUGAAAUGAGAAAAUUGUAAAUAGCUCAUGGUGUUAUAUUUGUUUAAAAAAGGUUAUGUUCAUGUAAACCAUUGUUUAGAUAUUUUGGCUAAAGAUAUAUGGCUACAUUUUGUGUCAAAGUGAAAGCUAUGCUUGAAAUUUAUCUUUUCACAAAAUUGAUAAUGAUAUAUUUGCUGAAACUUACAUAUGUUCUACUGCUGAUCACUAAAUCACAGAAAAAUAGUGGAAACAAACUUUAAGCCCAAGAACACCAUUAUUUUGGUAUAUACCGUGUCUAUAUAGCCCUAGAACACCAUUAUUUUGGUAUAUACCAUGUCUAUAUAGCCCUAGAUCACCAUUAUUUUGGUAUAUACCAUGUCUAUAUAGCCCUAGAUCACCAUUAUUUUUGUAUAUACCAUGUCUAUAUAGCCCUAGAACACCAUUAUUUUGGUAUAUACCAUGUGUAUAUAGCUCUAGAACACAAUAAUUUUGGUAUAUACCAUGUCUAUAUAGCCCUGGAACACAAUAGUUUUGGUAUAUACCAUGUGUAUAUAGCCCUAGAACACCAUUAUAUAGCCCUGGAACAAUUAUUUUGGUAUACACCAUGUCUAUAUAGCUCUAGAACACAAUAAUUUUGGUAUAUACCAUGUCUAUAUAGCCCUAGAACACAAUUAUUUUGGUAUAUACCAUGUCUAUAUAGCCCUAGAACACAAUUAUUUAGGUAUAUACCAUGUCUAUUUAGCCCUAGAACACAAUUAUUUAGGUAUAUACCAUGUCUAUAUAGCCCUAGAACACAAUUAUUUUGGUAUAUACCAUGUCUUUAUAGACCUAGAACACCAUUAUUUUGGUACAUACCAUGUCUAUAUAGCUCUAGAACACCAUUAGUUUGGUAUAUACCAUGUCUAUGUAGCCCUGGAACACAAUUAUUUUGGUAUAUACCAUAUCUAUAUAGCCCUGGAACACAAUUAUUUUGGUAUAUACCAUGUAUAUAUAGCCCCGGAAUACCAUUAUUUUGGUAUAUACCAUGUCUAUAGAGCCCUAGAACACCAUUAUUUUUUGGUAUAUACCAUGUCUAUAGAGCCCUAGAACACAAUUGUUUUGGUAUAUACCAUGCAAGCACCAGGGUUGUUUUGUAUAAAUGUGUUUGCAGAUAUUCUUGGCAUUAAAUAAAGAACUGUUAUA